UUCGAUAUAUUGUACAGGUGCAAUAAAGUCUAUCUAUAUUUUGCAGUAAAACACUUUUUUUUAAGUAAAAAUUAACAAUGAGCAUUCUAGAGAGCAUUAAGGAGUGGUUUUCAGCCGAACAAUGUAUGAACAAAGUGGCCGCCAUAUUGGCAGGAUUUAUGUUCUUCACAGGGUGGUGGAUAAUAAUCGAUGCGAUGUCUGGAGAUCCAAAUCAUCAAAUAACGACAGGACAUGUAUUUAUUGGCAUUUUCGGCACAAUUAGCUUCUGCAUGAUUAACAUUGUUAAAGGCGAACAUAUUUCAGAAGAUAACACCUCGGAAUGGGGAGCGAGAAAUGCUAAAAUUGUGCUGCUCCUAGGUUUUAUUAUGGGAUUCGCCUCCAUCAUAGCCGCCAUUUGGGUGAUGAUCUCGGAUUUUAUCAACAACGAUAAAAAGGAAACGAGUCUGGGCGUCUCUUUGUUGCUGCAGAAUGUCUUCAUCCUGUUUGGCAGUUUGGUGUACAAAUUUGGACGCAACGAGGAGCAAUGGAAUGAAUGAAGUGCAUCCCUGGGAACUGUGCUGUGCAUCUAUUAUUAGUAACCAUAUAAUAAUCAACAUUGUAUUCAUAAAUCACAAAGAUUGCAAAUGUUUGGACACGGUGUCCACUAAACAACUAAUCUCAUCUAAAGAUAAUAAUAUUAAAAAAAAAGAACGAGUCAAUCGCGAA